GACUCCAUGUCUGACUGGUGAAGCUGUGUCACCUGCGAAGACCACGGCUUGAGUAAAAUUGAAGUUACUCCAGUCAUGCCAUCUUUCUGUGUCCACCUGAGACGCCGGGUCCUGAGGAGGUACAGGCAGGUGCCUCGAACUGAGGCUGAUGGAGCCUUCAACUACAGCCGAGCCUCAAACAGGCGAGGCCUGCUGAACUCUGGAGUUUGUGGCUGCUGUGGGCCGCUGAGGCCGAGGUACAAACGCCUGGUGGACAACAUCUUCCCUGAGGACCCCAAAGAUGGCCUCAGCAAGUCGGACAUGGAGAAGCUGACCUUCUACGCCGUGUCGGCUCCGGAGAAACUGGACAGGAUCGGGGCUUACCUGGCCGAGAGGCUGAGCAGAGAUGUUGUGCGACACCGCUACGGGUACGUGGUGAUAGCCAUGGAGGCUCUGGACCAGCUGCUGAUGGCCUGUCACUCUCAGAGCAUCAAACCCUUCGUGGAGAGUUUCCUGCACAUGGUGGCCAAGCUGCUGGAGUCCAGAGAACCGGACCUGCAGGUCCUGGGAACCAACUCGUUUGUGAAGUUUGCCAACAUUGAGGAGGACACGCCGUCCUACCAUCGCCGUUACGACUUCUUUGUGUCUCAGUUCAGCGCCAUGUGCCACUCAACUCACGAGGAUCCUGAGACAAGAACCAGGAUCCGUGUGGCAGGGAUUAAAGGUCUGCAGGGCGUGGUGAGGAAGACGGUGAACGACGAGCUGCAGGCCAUCAUCUGGGAGCCCCAGCACAUGGACAAACUGAUCCCGUCCAUGCUGUUCAACAUGCAGGACAGUGACGACCUGGACAGGGCGGGGCACCCCAGCACACCGUCCGGGGCGGGUCAGGACGGCGAGGAAAACCCGGCGGCGCUGGCCGAGAGCUGCUUCAGAGAGCUGCUGGGAAGGGCGGCCUACGGCAACAUGAACAACGCUGUCCGACCCGUCUUAGUUCACCUGGAUAAUCACCACCUGUGGGACCCCAAUGAAUUUGCCGUUUCCUGCUUCAGAAUCAUCAUGUACUCCAUCCAGGCUCAGCACUCCCACCACGUCAUCCAGCAGGUCCUCCUGGAGACGGUGGCCAUCGCUGCCAAAGGCUCAGUGGGUCCCACGGUGCUGGAGGUGUUCAACACUCUGCUCAAACACCUGCGGAUGAGCGUGGACUUUGAGCUGGGCGAGAGCUCGAGGAGAAACUCCAGCAGCAGCGUUUCGUCUGGCCGCGCCAAAGAGAGCGAAGAGCGGAUCGUCCAGAACGCCAUCAUCCAGACCAUCGGCUUCUUCGGUGGAAAUCUGCCAGACUACCAGCGAGCUGAAGUCAUGAUGUUCAUCAUGGGCAAAGUGCCUGUGUACGGGACCCCCUGCCACACCUUGGACACGGUCAAGAUUGGACAUCAGGGCACCAAGAGGAUCCAGACCAUGCUGCUCAGCUCCCUCAUCAUGGUAACCUCCGGCUUCAAGUCCAAGUCCAUGGCGGCUGCGCUGCCUCCUCCUUUCCUGGACCCGCUCUUCUCCAUCUCUCUGAUGGAGGACAGCGAGCUGAGGCAGCUGGUGCUCGAGAUCCUGCACAACAUCAUCGAUCGCCAUGACAACCGCGCCAAGCUGCGCGGCAUCAGAAUCAUUCCUAAUGUUGCAGCAUUGAAGAUUAAAAGAGAGAAGAUUUCCAAGCAAGAUGUCGCAUUCAUGAAGAAGCAUGGCCAGCAGCUCUACCGUCACAUCUAUCUGGGCUGUAAAGAAGAGGAUAACGUCCAUAAAAACUUUGAGCUGCUCUUCACCACCCUGGCCAUUAUGACUAUUGAGCUGGCCAACGAGGAGGUGGUCAUCGACCUCAUCCGGCUCGCCAUCGCUCUGCAGGACAUGGCUCUGGCCAGCGAGGAGAACAUGCCGAUGUUUAUUCGCUGUGGCAUCAUGGCGUUGGUGGCGGCGUACCUCAACUUCCUGAGCCAGAUGAUCGCCAACCCUCCAUUCUGUCAGCACGUCAGCAAGGUUAUCGAGUUGAGGAACAUGGAUGCACCAUACCUCCUCCCAGAGCACAUCUUCAGAGACAAGUGUCCACUCCCCGAGUCUUUGGACAAGGAGGACAGACUGCUGUACUUCCAGACAUCCAAUAUGGCGGAGUGUCUGGCAGGACCGGGAUACAACGCAGAGAGACUCUCCAUCCCCUAUGUGCCCCAAGUCACAGAUGAAGACCGUCUGACCAGGAGGAAGAGUUUUGUGGACACAAUCUCCCUCCAAGUGGACAUCAUGUCCAACAGCAUUCCAGACAAGUCUCAGCUGGCUGAGGAGAUCACGUUUGAGACCCUGAAGAAGGCCAUUGAUACCACCGGUCUUGAGGAGCAGGAGAGAGAGAAGAGGCGUCAGGUGAUGGAGAAGUUCCAGAAAGCUCCGUUUGAGGAGAUCGCCGCUCACUGCGAGUCCAAGGCGAACAUGUUGCACGACCGGCUGGCACAAAUCUUCGAACUUACAAUUCGGCCUCCUCCCAGCCCGUCCGGAGUGGUUUCGAUCUCAGCGGGACACACGCAGCACCAGUCCGUACCAGUCUACGAGAUGAAGUUUCCAGACCUGUGUGUCUACUGAGCAUAAACAUUGCGCGCACACACACAUACACACACAUACACACACACACACACACACACACACACACACACACACACACCUCCAAAAAACGGCUGAAACACAAAAUGCAAAAUUUAAAAUGCUGAAAAAGAAUGACACAAUCACAGUCUGCACCAAGGCUUCAGGGGCUUUAUCAGGAACACAGAAUGCAGACAAACAGACAUUUUCAGUUUGAUAUGAAGAGGAGUUACCUGUCCUGAAAACUAAACUUCCUUAAUCUUCCGUAAAACCGAAACCUGAAAGUUUAUUUUUUCCAUUUAGCUUGAGAGCCUCGGAUUUGAAAACGGUACUUCUGAAUCCAAUACUGCCACUUGUAACACUUUAAAAACCCUGGCAGGUCCUUUUUUCUUUUUUUUUUAGAUAGUCUGAUUCUCUGCACUGUGUUUCCCGACUCACGUCCCUGAAACAAAACAGAACUUAAGUUACCAAGAACAAACACAUUAACAGCAAAAAUAACAGCUUCCACUUUGAGAUUUCAGUGAUUUGAUGCUGAAUCUGAUGUUGCUUCCAAGCAUGACUCUGAUCCAGUCACUCUUUUUCUUUCUGGUCUGGUCAGCACUUCACAGCCUGUAUAUAUGCUUUAGUCUGAAACUGAACUCUUGUGGGGACGGCUAAAACCAGUUUCGGGCUUAAAGUAUGAAGCUGGUUUUAGCUGUAAGGCUCCCGCCUCAAAGCCAGCUUCUGCCUCCGAACAAGUAUCUGUUCUCACGUUGAUCAGUACCCGUCAGUGCAGUCACUAAUGAGUAGAAAUGUACAAUAUCUUAGCUGUCAACUAUAAAAAGCUAAAUAACGUCACCGGUGAUAGAAGGCAGGUUGGUUUUAGGCUCACUGCUGCAUGGCUGUUACAACCUGUUCAGUACAAUCACUCUUCUCUGUUCAGUCUUUGCUAUUUAAAGCUAAAUAAGCAUCAGAAACAACUUGCGAUGGCAAGGCGUAGAUUGACAAAGAGACUAUCAAAAGACAAGCAAAAGAGAGUUGCCUUUUCAACACUGUUCAGUGGAAGGGGCUCGCUCAGGGUUGGUGAUUGCACGGUUGCCUCAGAUGUUGCGUUGCAGAGCUCUCGAUAGUGGCAGUUCUUCAGACUUCAGUCUUGGACAGCCGCAGUGGAACGGUGCAAAUGUUCCGGUCUGAUUUCCUUGUUCCUGAAGGUUUGUAAAGUAGCACAUUUAUAAAAUUUGUAAUUUUCAUCUUGAUCAUCGAGUAAACCCAACUCUGUCAGAAACACCGGUUUGGUAAAUGAUGUAAUUACCUAAGAUUGUCAUUACUAACUACUGCAGCAUUUUCUAGCUCUCUUUUGUACUGUUAUCUAAUUUCAAGAAGAAACAGUCCAGGUGACAGGUCAACAAAGCCUCAAAAAUGUGACAUGUGAUGACUAAACGAACAGGAAAUAGUGAAGCAGCUCUAAGAAACAUCUGGAUUGAAUCACGUUUCGAGCAGCCGUGUCCAACAAAUGUCAGAAAGUCUUCCUCAAACCUGAACCAGUCGACAACGAAGCGGUCGACUGGGAGAGAUCACAAAAACCUACAUUAAAAAUUUUUUUAAGAAAUAGUAGUUGACCUCAACUACCAGCAUGGAUAGACCUUGUUUUGAAUUGUAAAUAGAAGUAUUGAUUUUCAGCCAACAUCUUGCUGCUCCUCUCCUACAUAUUUGGAAUGAAACCCUCUGAAUCAAGAUUUCAUUGCAGAGAACUCGGGAAAAAUUUGACCGAUCAUGAAAGAUCGUGAAAAUACAGACAGAGCAGAGCACAAACCCUAAACUGCAAAACACUGAAACGUGUGAUAUCUUUAGGGAUCUGAGCUACAUUUGACCGACAGUUCAGUUCGUUUUGGGAGUAAUUUCAUGCACGUAUGACUUUUAUAUAGCUGGAUUAUUUUUUUGUACCAGCACUUUGGCUCAACAUAUUACAGCACUUGUGUCUUUUUUUUCAACACUGCGAUCAAGUGUGCAUGACGGUCACCCGGUGUCUCCGCGGCUACUCGCGCGUGUUUGUAAGCGACGGGUUUCCCUCGUUGUUUCUGUGAGUCCAUUUACAGCAGCCUGCGCAGCUGCGUCCACCUGGUCCGCACUCAUCACCAUUUUCAUUAUUUUUCCCGGAUGUAGCUGGGUCGGUUCCCAUACUUCAUCCCUCCUGCUAAGUUCUAACUGGUCCGUCAGCGGGCACCACGCCAGACCUGCUUGAGCUGCUGAACAAACAGAAGAUGUAGGUGACAAGGUUGAAGGCAUUUCAGUUUUGGCCAGGUGUGAUUCAGUUUCACCGUGCCCCCUAUAGGAUUUUUUAUUUUUUUUCAAAUAAUAAUUAAUGAGUUAGGCAUGAACACGGACAAGUAUGCGUAAGCGAGCAAUGCUGCUAGCAUCACAGCCACACUGUCAGUGUAUAUGUGGUAAAACUGAGUGUUUGUGACAUUGAAUGAUUUGAGGCAUGAAAUUAAAGCUCCUGCGUUCUACCCGUGAUAUCGGCCGCAAAAACUCUCUCUUCCUGCUAAAUUAGAUUUCGCCCAGCAUGUUCGUCCAGCUUCCUGCGCGCAAAGUUGGUACGUUCGCCGUGGACAUCUGCGACUCGACCGGCAGCUUUAACUCCUCAUUGCUCCGCUGGCAGCUUCUAAAAAACCAAAACAUUUCUUAAUCUAAAAAAGCUGAGUGUCAUCUGAGCCAGUGUCCUGCCAGGAGCCAUAUGGAGAGUUUCAUUUCAAAUUAAGAGAGCAGCAGCAGCUUACACCUGAUCAAAGUCAUUAUUAUUAUUAGCUUCAGCCACUCUGAUACAAAGCAAUGACAUUUUGGAGGAUUUGAUCAUCUGUGCUUUUUCAAAAGUUACCGCAAAGCCAAAUUUUGUUUCCUGAAAGGGUACGGGAGGCAUGUUUGGAGUGAGAUCCUUCAUAUCUGGUGAAGCUGCAGCUGUGAUCUGUAAUAACAGAUGGUUAUCAGUAUUUUCUCUGAUCUGAGCUCAGUGCAGGAAGAAAAAUCCUUCCAGUUGGAGGCAGAUACCUGCUGCCUUCGCUUGGUCUGAGCAGCUGUUUAGAGCACAUGUCUGCCUUUGCUUUAUCCGAGGUUGAAGGUCGAUCAGUGUGUCCCUUCAUUCAGAGAAGAUUGGUUUGGUUGAGUGUAUUCUAAAAACAUUAAACUAAAUCAGUUGGCUAGUUUGUGGGGAGGAAUUGUUUUUUCAGUCUGGUCUGGCUUGAUUGGAAGCAGAUCUGUUCCCGUUGCGCCUUUUCUCUGUUUAGAGUUGAAAGGUAUUAGAUGGUGAAAAAUGGCGAAAUAAGAUGGAGAACUGAACGAAAGAGAUGAGGAAGAAAUAGUCGAGGAGUCUGAGUUCUGCUCAGCAGGAUGUGACGGCUUUUUUCUGCCUGGCCGUGUAUGUUUCAGACGGUUUCGUAAUGUGAAGAGUUGUCGAGCGCAGGUUGUGUUCCUGAACAAGAAAAAGUUGGCUAAGUGAACUUUGCAAAAUCACCAACACGAGCCUUAUAAUUUAGAACAUUUGCUGUUUAGUUUUGAUGGCCAAGAAGCUUCUGACCCCAUUUCCACCUGGUACCAACACACUCUGCGUCCUUAUUUCUUUUCUGGAUCAGUUAAAGUACAUGUUAAUGCACCAGAACACAAUGCGGUCAAAAUGCUGUUUGAUCAGAGCACAGCUGGAGGUGGUCUGGCCUGCGCUGCGAUCAGAUCUCAGCCGGCUGUAAAUGGUCUGUGCAAGUCGAGGAUCAUGCGGUCAGUGGGGGUGGCAGUAGUAGCAUCAGCGCUGGCGAGCUCCUCGACCGUCCCUGAUUACCUUCUCACAGUAGAGGUAAUGUUAGCCUAGAGAGCAGAGCUCCUGAAAACUGAGAUGAAACACCGCACCUCAAGAUUCAUUGAUGGGCUUUUUCUGAGCUUUUGAUCAUAUCACAUGGUCUUCAUCACCGUAUGGUGGUUAACCAGUAGGCAUGCAAAUGUAGAGUUUCAAAUUGGUAUUUUUUCCUGGGCUCUUGAAGGAUUUGGCUUCUGCGAGGAUAGACGUAAGUUUCUGUGCAAACCCCUGCCGAGAUGGGUAACCCCUUGGUCACGAAGGCUCGCUCAGGAGCAAGCGAGCUGAUUGGUCGAUGAGAUCGCGAGAGAAACGACCACCUGAAUGCGUCCGACUGGCCCUUGUGGAAGUUUGCCUGCGUACAGCUUGGAGAAGCAUAUUUCAGCCUUUUAAAAGUUGAGUUUCAAAGUUCAUCUUCGACCUUGGAAACAGCAGUGGGUCCAUUUUAAAAUGGUGAAAAAGUGGUUCAAGGACGCAUUCGUCUGUCUGACACAUGACUCUCGUCUUGCACAUGGUAGCGACGCCUUGAGAGCAUCCCACAUCCUUCCCCUUGACCUUAGAUGCUUCGUGUUUGUUUUGCAAGUGUCACAAUGAGAUCCGGUUACAACGUUGUUUCGCAGAUAACCAACCCCGACGCAGAUUCCAGGUUCAUUCGAGCUGCAAACGGAGUCUUUGU